AUGGCAUCCGAUAAGCAAAUUUUGGAAGAAAUCGAAGGUGCAGAAGGUUUCACAAAAUACUUUGUGUUUGUUAUGUGGAUUCCUCCUAUACUAAAGCAGCCGUAUAUGAUUCGCCUAACGUACGUACUUCAGGUCAUGUGUGCGUCUACAGCGUUCAUCUUUGGUGCAGCAUUUGUACCGCUGGAAUAUGUGCUAAUUUUAUACACUGGAAAACAAUUUAAGCUUGUCUCUUCGGCAAUACAAGACAUGGAUAAAUUAUGCAGUUUACAAAAUCUCGAUAAAAUAGUUGACAAUGUAUCCGAGCAAAUGGACAGCCCUAAUUAUAGUCGUAGAUUUCUGCCAGAACAUAUUCGUGUUAGAAAAAGGGAAUUGGGCACAGAAGAAGGAAACCCAAAUGCAACAGAAGGGCAGUGGAACAAGCAGUUCAAUUCGAAAACAUUUGACAACACUCUACAAGCACACGAUAUUAAUCGGUCGUCAGGCAAAUCCGAUGAUAUCUCAUCGGCAGAACCGACGCCCUGGGAAGAAAAUGACUUUGCGAGCUCAUAUUUACUGCAGUGCAUAAAGCUACAUCAGGCGUGCAUUCAACUCGCUGCUGAAGUUGACGACAUACUGAGUCCUGUUAACGGCCUCGGAUCACUGUGCGCAACUUCGUUCAUAAUCACACAUGUUUUUCAGUUAUCAUUGGUAAUCACGGCAAAGUACGUCAGUUUUACCCUCACAUUUGUGAUAAUAAUAUUUGUAUACAACUGGUGCGGACAAACUGUCAUCUUAGAGAGUACGGCUGUGGGGGAAACUGCUUACGACUGUCUCUGGUACGAACGCUCCAAAAGAUUCAAGCGAUUAUUCCUGAUGGUUCUGCUUCGAGCCCAGACUCCGGUUAUUAUGAAUGCCGGUAUAUUAUGGACAGUUGGAUACGAACAUUUUGGCCAGUUACUGAAUGCUAUGUACACAUUCUCCACCGUGUUGAGGCAAGUGCACAACACUUAA